AUGCCAGUGCGAUUGUUGCCGAGAAAUAAUGAAAGUCAAGACUUACAAAAAGUAGUAUUUUCUAAAUACGAAAAAGGAGAUGGUCCGACAAAAAUAUUUCGUGAUUUAAACGGUGGUUUGUCUUUGGCAACAAUCAAGCGGUGGUGCAAAAUGAUUCGGGAUACCGGCACUAUCCAGCUAUCGUACCCACCUGGUCGUUCACGUGUCGUUCAUACUUCGGCAGCAAUUCAAAAAGUGAAAAGUCGAUUAAGACGGAAAAAAAACGUGUCGGUUCGGAAAUUGUCGCGUGAAUUAAAUAUUUCACGAAGAACUGUUGGACGAAUACUCAAGAACGAUCUGAAAUGUCAUCCAUACAAGAAAAUAAUCGAACCAAAACUCACCGACAGCCACAAAGCCGAAAGAAAAAAGUUUGCAAAUUGGGUUCGAAACAAUUUUCAGAAAGAACAAAUCAUGAAAAUUCUUUUUUUGGAUGAAAAGAUUUUUGACAUCAACGGUGUCUAUAAUUCUCAAAACGAUCGAAUAUGGGCAGUAGAUCGUGCUCAAGCUGAUACAAAAGGUGGUAGAAAACAAGUGCAACAAUUUCCACAAAAAGUU